GGUUCACCUUUAGAUGUUCUUAAAGAUGAAAGGGUUCAGUACUGGAUUGAGAAUUACAGAAAUUUAUUAGAUGCCUGGAGGUUUUGGCACAAACGAGCUGAAUUUGAUAUUCACAGGAGUAAAUUGGAUCCCAGUUCCAAGCCUUUAGCACAGGUGUUUGUGAGUUGUAAUUUCUGUGGCAAGUCAAUCUCCUACAGCUGUUCAUCUGCCCCUCAUCAGGGAAGAGGUUUUAGUCAGUAUGGUGUGAGUGGUUCACCAACAAAAUCAAAAGUCACAAGUUGCCCUGGCUGUCGAAAACCCCUUCCUCGGUGUGCACUUUGCCUCAUUAAUAUGGGAACACCUGUUUCUAGCUGUCCUGGAGGAUCCAAAUCAGAUGAAAAAGUGGACUUGAGCAAGGACAAAAAAUUAGCUCAGUUUAACAACUGGUUUACAUGGUGUCACAAUUGUAGGCAUGGUGGGCAUGCUGGACAUAUGCUGAGUUGGUUCAGGGAUCAUGCAGAGUGUCCUGUGUCUGCAUGUACAUGUAAAUGUAUGCAGCUGGAUACAACAGGAAAUCUGGUACCUGCGGAGACUGUCCAGCCAUAAAAUGUUACCACUUCAAGAAAACCUUCAACUUUCUAAUAGAUGUUCUUCAUAGUUCAAAAACAUACCUCAGAACAAGUUACUCACGACUUUCCUAUAGUGGGAAAAUAAAUCAUUCCAACAGAUGAGCAGUUUGAUAUUUGAGUGAUUUUGGUGUUCUUUACAGAGACAAAUGCUGCUGAAAUGUGAACAUCACAGUAUGGACAUAGUUCUGUUCUGUAGGUUGAAAAGUUCAUUUUGGAAGAACUUUAUAGGUUUUUAUCAGAAUUAUGGAUGCUAUGUGAGAGUUUUUGAAAUAAAAAGUACAGCACCUGGAUCUUCAAAGCUGAAAUUGGAUAUCUUUCAAUAAAAUCUUUACACUUUUAAAGUAAAGUGACCAAUGCAGUGAUUCACAUGAUAGUAUAAGCUUAUCUAUGCUUAGAGUCCUUUA